CACGGUGAGUGGAUUUCGCUGUAAGCUCGUUUUCUACCGGUCUGUGGAUUUACCUGUCAUGUAAUGGAUUAUGUCUGGAAUGUGGCUUCUGUUACCUGGACAGGUGCGUGAAGAGAAACGCGGAAUGUUUCUUCACUGACUUAGGAUUUGGGUGUGUGACUCUGAACCUUUAACGUGUAUAGAUGACUUCACCUAAAACUGCAACGAUGCCAAAAACAGGUUUCCCAACAGCCAGCAAAGUACUGCUGAAGUAUGAAAAACAGAGGGCCUACAGACAACAUCGACAAAAGAUGCAAGACAUGCGGCAUGGCAUAGACAACUCCAAUCCUCAACAAUACCCUCACCUGGUGGUGAGAAUGAAGAGAUUACAGAAGGAAGAAGAGCGUCAGAUGAUCAUUGAUCACGAAAACGAGCUCCUGGUGAACAAGAUGCGGAAGAUCAUGACACGCAAAGGUCGCCUUGAUAACUGGAAUGAUUAUGAGCAAAAAAGUUUACAUACGCCUUAUCGGGAGCGACGAUUGGAACAGAUUGCUGUUGAUAACCUUGGUAUUGCCAAACGAUUGGAGAGGGUUGGCCCUGUCUACCAUGUAAAAAACUGGGAAGAUGAUUUUCAUCGUCAUGAGGAAAUCCUAGAGAGAAGAGCCGAGGAAACUAAAGAUUAUGAUGAUGUUUUGACUCCACGUCGACAGAAGCGACUGUCAAAGACAAGACAGCAAAGAAAAGCCAGGAAAGGAGCUGUGUCUGGUGAUGAGGACAAAUAUGAGGAUGACUUUGAGAGUGACAAUGACAGUGUUGAUGCUAAAGGCAAUGAGAAUGAAGAGAAGGACAGCACAACGAAGAGAGACAGGAGGGACAGCUCUCAGGAGAGGAAAGAGGAAGAAGAUCAAGGAAAACUUCCCAGAAUUGAAUGCAGGAAGAAGGAUAAAAAUAGUACAAAGGACAAAGGAACGACCAAGGUGUCCAAACUGCCGGCUGUCAGUCAGACCAAAAAGAGUGAAGGGGGGACUACUCUUGCAGAAUCAGAUGCCAAACAGCUGUUCAGAAUAUGCAAGGAACUGGAUAAACCAGAGGACGUGUUUAUCAGAACUUUGGUGAGACGAAGCUACCAGCAGAGAAUGCAGACAAAGUCCAAAUUCCGAGAUCUGUAUGACUUGGACUUGAUGUUGGAAUUACGACAAGGGUUGAGAGAGCCAUGGGUUCCUCUGAUCAACGCAUUGUUAACAGAGAAAGAGGCCUCAGAUGUGUCAACUGUUCACAGUGCUUUAGAGAACAAAGACAUUUCAUCAGUAGUAGAAAUACUAUGCACCAGGAAUACAAACUCUUUGAACAACUUAAAGGAAGCUUAUAGGAAAGAAUACGCCAUCAGCUUGGAGAGUGACAUUUCAGAGAAGACAAAGAAUCCUGUGCAAUUGCUCUUACUGACACUGCUCAAGGGUGGUAGAAUGGAGUCCAAUGAUUUCAAUGAAGAUGAGGCAGAGAAAGAUGCCAGGGAGUUGUUUGAGUCAGGAGAAGGGCGAUGGACCAGUGAUACUGGAAAGUUCAUUAAACUUGUCGAACAGAGAAAUUCUGCUCAAUUUAAAGUCAUCCUUAAUAUGUUCAAACAGAUAUCUGGUGGUAAGGACAUUUUGGUGUCUGUACGCCAUGAUUGUCACGAUGCGGAGGAUUAUGUAGAAGCAGUGUCAACACUGGUUAACUGCUCUAAAGGCCCUCAGAUGUACUUCUGUGAGAAACUCCAUGCCUGUAAGAAGUUGGAUGAUCCAUCCUUUGUGAAUAUCCUGGUCUCCAGAGCAGAGACGGACAUGCCAGCCACGAGAAAGGUAUAUAAGAAGAGGUACGGUAAGGAGUUAUCAGAGGACAUCAGCUCCAGGGGCCCUCAUGUGACCCUGCAGGUGCUGCGAGAGUUAGCAAACAGACCUGCCCCCAGCCAGAAUAGCAAAGCUAAGACACAGGGGACGAGAAAGCCUGUAGGUAACCAGCAAACAACUCAAGUGAAGAAACCAGAGGUGAGAAAACCAGAGGCGAGGAAACUGGAGAAGAGAGAUGAGGCUGCAGCUGUCAAAUCUAACCCACUCAACCAGCCUGGCAAGAGAGUCAUGGCCGAGGCUAAACAUAAACGAGAACAAGAGGAAAGGGCUAAAACAAAACAGUCUGUGCAGAAACGAGAAAAAACCAAGGCGGGGAAGUCGUCAGACUCUGACUCCAACUCAGCGGGAACUGUUCAUCCAGCUAAAGACUUCAGCGCUGAGAAAGACGCUGACAAAUUGUUCAAGGCUAUGGACGGACUGGGAACAAAUGAGAAUGACAUUGUCCAGAUUUUACCUCGCCACAGCAAUAGUCAGAGACAAGAGAUUAAAGCGGCUUACAGCAAAAAAUAUAACAGAGAUCUGGUUGAGGACCUGAAGUCUGAGUUAAGUGGUGAUUUUGAGGAGCUGAUUCUGGCCCUGAUGAUGACCCCCCAGGAGUAUGAAGCUUACUGUCUUAACGAUGCUGUCCGGGGACUGGGCACAGACGAGGCCACACUGCUUGGAAUGUUACUCACCAGAACCCUCAAGGAAAUCAAAGCAGUCAAGGAUCAGUAUCAGCGAGCUUACAAGAAAAACCUGGAGGACGACCUGGCUGUGGAUACUGGCAAUGUCUUCAAACAGAUGCUCUUACAGCUUGUUAAGGCUGAGAUUGAUGAGGGUACAGCAGUAGAUCAGACAAAAGCAGAAGAAGAUGCCAGAAAACUGUUCAAGGAAGAGACCAAGUCACUGUGUGUUACUGAUGGGACUCUGGUGGAUCUUAUUACUCAGCAAAACAAGGCUCAGAUCAAGGCAACGUUUGACAAGUACACUGAGAUUGCUGGUCAUGAUGUGUAUGAAGGCAUCAAGUUAGCCAUGUUGAGGGAGGAUGAGGAGGGAUAUAUUGGUCUCGUGCGAGCCUGUGAUGAUGUGGUUGGUUUCUACGCAUCUCGUUUGAACCAGUGUAUGAUGAAAGACGUUGGGGCAGAUGACAAGAUGAUCAUCCGGAUCAUCGUGACGCGAUCAGAGAUUGAUCUAGCAGAAAUAAAAGGAAGAUUCCAGGAGCUUUAUAGCGAAAACCUCGCCAAGGCAGUUGAAAAGGAAUGCGAGGGAGACUUCAAGAAGGCCCUGUUAGUUGUACUAGGGGAAAAGUAAGAGAGCUGUGGCUGUAUAUGGCAUGCUGUUCCUGUCCCCAAGUGUUGACUGUGCCUGAUGUGUUAAUUCUGGUGUGGGCUGCCCAUCUUCUAGCUUUCUUAUUAUGCAUGCUGACUUUACCAGAAGAUGGGGCUGCAGUUCAUUAAUCUGUACAUUGAUUCUACAGCAUUUGCUCUAACUCUUCUGAUGUGUCAAACAUUAACGGUCACUUUAAGGCAUCUGUAGUUCUAAACUUUGUGUAAUCUCGAAGAGAAAAAAUUGUAUUACAUUAUGCAGACAAAACAAGAAUUAUGAAAUGGUGAAGAGAACCUGGGCUUAUAUUCAUGAACAUUCCUAUAAACUUUAUAUCUCAUGGAAUGUGCAAAUCCAGAAAGUUCUGUAUCCAGUCCCAGUACUUUGAAAUUCGUUUUUUUUUUCCUUAUUAGUAUUUCUUGGGGACAAAGAAAAACUUAAACAUUAGUUUGAUUCAGCUUGUUCUAAGGCGUUUAUUAAUAGAUGAAAGUGAAAGCUUACUCAGAUAGGAGUUUUGUGAAUACAGGCCCUGCUUGAUGAUGAGGAAAAGCUGGAGAAAACUACUAGUUGUGUCUCGAAUCUGUGAUAACAGAAGACUUUGAGGACA